GAAGUGUCUGAUUUAUUGCUCUGGACACUUGAGACUGGCUGCUGUUUCCGGAAUCCUGAGUCAUAUGCAGUGCAUUUAUAUAUGCUUCCCGUUUUAUGUUUUCAUUUAUUUGGCUAUUUGAUGCUAUUUUCUUUCUUUUCUCAAUUGUAGCCUGAUACUAGACGUUAGCUAAAAGGUGAUCAAAGCUUGAGGACUUCCUAGCAAGCAGUCCAAAUGACAUCCCUUUCCGUAUCACUCCUGUCGUCAUGGUGUCAAGGAUACAAAAGCCAUAACAAGUUAAGGAGGUUAAAGAAGUAUAUCUGGUAGUUGGAGUUGAGACUUUCUGUAUAAUGGAUAGGUCCGAUACGUCAGGUUUUGUGAGUGGUGGAUGUAGCUUAUUAGGGUUUCUUUUAUUUGCUUUUGACUUGUUGAUAUACAGAGAUUCCUGUUAGUAUUUUUUAAUAUCCUCGUGCUAGUUGGUCAUCUUGAUUGUUGAUAGCAUAAAAGCAGUAGUAAUGGAUUCCCAAAAGCCUGCAUUGUUGUUCUCUUCACCUGUUGAGCUCAAGCAAAGUAAUUUCAACGACACUGCCUUGCGAUUGGAUUGUUUUGGUUAUGGAGGAAGUAAAAACACUGGAUUUGGGAGAAAUCACAACAAUGCUGGUAGCUGGGUUAAUCAUACAAAUGCACCAGAUGAUGGAUGCAGGUUGGUGCUUGGACUGGGGCCAACACCCAGUGCAUACUCGGAUAACUAUGAGGUUGGGGGUAACAAAAAGAAAGGAAUUACAGCUAUGGUGAGACAAGGGCUAUCAUCUGAUGGGGACUCAAUUCUCAAACUAGGCCUAUCAGGGGGCAUUGAUGAACCUUCCAAUUUGCUUGACCACUCAGUUUCAACACAGAGUACUUUGAACACACCUCAUCAUUCUGUUGGGAAUAGAAUCUUAAUUCCUGUUGUUGAUGAAGGUUCGACAUCAGCUAAGAGAUCAGGUGGCUAUCUGACUACUUUUUUCAUUGAACCAAGAAUUGAGAACAACAAAACUUUGGCGGAAGAACUAUUAGAAGCUGAUGCAAAAUCACAUUGUCAUAAUUCUCAGCUAAGCUCUGAACCUUCUGUUAUCUCUGAUUAUUCAAGGAGCACCGUCUCUGGGUCUAUAACAUCUGUAGAUCAUAAGACCAGCAAUCCCAGAAGAUGCAAAUUUGAUGGGUGUACGAAAGGAGCUCGAGGAGCAACUGGUCUUUGUAUUGGCCAUGGAGGUGGGCAGAGGUGCCAAAAGCCAGGAUGUAACAAAGGUGCUGAAAGCCGGACAGCCUACUGUAAGGCCCAUGGCGGAGGGAGGAGGUGCCAGCAACUGGGAUGCACUAAAAGUGCUGAGGGAAAGACCGACUUCUGCAUAGCCCAUGGAGGUGGGAGACGCUGUGGCUAUCCAGGAGGGUGUACCAAAGCAGCACGAGGAAAGUCAGGACUUUGCAUCAGGCAUGGUGGAGGAAAGAGAUGCAAGGUUGAAGGUUGCAAGCGUAGCGCUGAAGGGCAGAUUGGUUUGUGUAUCUCUCAUGGUGGUGGGCGCCGCUGCCAAUUCCAAGAUUGCAAUAAAGGAGCCCAAGGUAGCACUUCACUCUGCAAAGCGCAUGGGGGUGGAAAGCGAUGCAUAUUUGCUGGGUGUACCAAAGGAGCUGAGGGCAGCACACCUCUGUGCAAAGGACAUGGCGGUGGUAAACGCUGCCUCUUUGAUGGGGGAGGGAUAUGCCCAAAAAGUGUUCAUGGAGGCACAAACUUUUGUGUCGCACAUGGUGGUGGAAAGAGGUGUUCUGCUCCGGGCUGUACCAAGAGUGCACGUGGCCGCACUGAUUGCUGUGUUCGCCAUGGAGGAGGGAAGCGUUGCAAGUUCGAAAACUGUGGAAAGAGUGCUCAAGGUAGCACUGACUUCUGCAAGGCCCACGGUGGUGGAAAGAGGUGCAACUGGGGAGGGGGAAAAUGUGAGAAGUUUGCUAGGGGAAAGAGUGGGCUAUGUGCGGCACACAGUAGUUUGGUUCAGGGACAGGAGGCAAGCAAAGGUAGUAUGAUUGGACCAGGUCUCUUCCAUGGACUUGUCUCUGCUACAUCUGGAAUGAGAAGUACCGUUGACAAGACAUACUCUUCAUGCGGAGGGAGCAUGAUAUCAGAAUCUGCUGACUCUCUGGAGAUGCCAGCAAAAAGGCAACAUCUCAUACCUCCAGAGGUGUUGGUUCCUUUGUCGAUGAAGGCCUCAUCAUCUUACUCGACACCAUUGAGUACCGAAAAGGAGGAAGAAAGGAAUAAUGGAGUUGGAAUUGGCGGCGGCGGCAGCAGCAGCAGCAGCAAGAACCACCUUGGAAACGGCCUUGGUUUCGUUGUUCCAGAGGGGAGGGUCCAUGGUGGUGGUCUGAUGUCGUUACUUGGGGGUAACUUGAGGAAUGGAAUCAACGAGCGUUGACGCUCUUCUGGCAGACUUUUCAGUUGCUAGUAGUAUUAUUCUUGUGUUGAUAAUCAGAUCAUCCUCUAAUGGUGGGAACUGUGUAUGUAAAGAGCCCGAUAUCGUGGGUUGUAUUCAAGUAAAAAUUAUUAUGACUGUUCAAUAAGACCAUCAUUUGUUUACGUACCCGAA